AUAGAAAACAGAGACUGACCGGCUUGAGGCUUUGCCUUUGUGUUAUUUUCAGGGGCCAGAGUUGAAGCGUCCAACAAAACAGUCUAUCCAUUUCUCUUGAACUAGAUUCAUUCACAAAUACUAAAUCUAGCGCCGACAGCUCUCCAAUUCAGCCAUGAAAAUGACAAAGGCCUCUGUUAUUCAAUGCUUUCUUUUGUAAUUGCUCUUCUUCAUUCUCUUCCUCUUGCUCACUAUCUUCGUCUGCAAUUUCUUCAAGUUUGUCCCAAAUAGGAAGCAAUACCGCCUCAAGCUUAAAGUAGAGGAUUCAUUCACCGUGUAAAAGACAUCGUCCUCCACUCCUCCUCAUCCAAAUACAUUCGCUAAUUACAUGAUUCUCUUCCAAAUUUGGGCCCGAGCUUGAAUUUUCGGCAAACACUCCCAUGCUUUACCUCCAAGUUCUUGACUUCUUGCUAAAUGAAUAGUGUAAAAUUUUGAAGGGAUCGUCGUUGGAUGGUGCGCACUGGCGAAUGAUAACACAACGACAACUCAACUUAGUUGGAUUGCCCACGUGGCAUGAAUAAUUACGUUUUCAUACCCGUCGUUAAGUUUUGGGACGGAAAAGAUAACGUUGCAACAAAAGUUAGAGUUAAGUGGUUUAGUUGCAACAAAUAUUACUCCAAUGGUCAACAUGCAACCAGUAUAGAACUUAAGUGACAACCUGUGCAAUUAACCCUCUAAACCAACCCCAUCCCCGUUUUCAAAUACCCAAAUUCAUACCCGUCUCAUACCCAUGCGGUGGAAGGUUUUACAAACUCAUCCUCAUAUCCGCGGUUUUCGGAUACCCAUGGUUAAUACCCACCCAAUAAACUACUCACCGUUAAUAAAAGAACAUGGUGACAAAUAUGGAUACUACCAACCCAAAAUUAUGGAACUCAUACAUAAGAGGAUGAAAUUCUGGUUUGGUUGCCAUCAGUUACAUUUUAACACUUUGUUAUUUCUUUUAAUUACCUUUCAUUCCAUUGACAAGUUACAAUAAACUCCUUAUAUUUUAUCUAUAUAACAUAAUAUCUUUGGUGGGGCGGGUUUGAGUAUGAGUAUGUGGCGGGAGAGUCCAAAACCAUACCCGCCCAUACCCAUCAACCUUUUUGCGAGUUUUACCCAUACACACCCCAUACUCAAUCAAAGUAAAAAUUUCCUGCGUUAACUGGGUCGGAGACGGUCGGGUACCGGCCAUGGUUGCUAGGUGUAGGUGGCAAUCGAUAUUUCAGUAAAAACCAAAAGGGCGUGCAGUCGUUUUUGUUGAAAAAAAUAAGAGAGGUAGCGAGGCAGGUUGCUAGCUUGGGCCAUGCAAACAGUAUGGCCUUGGAACCUUACAUAAAUGCUUUACAUUGAAUUACGACAAGACUGUGCUCAGUGGCUCUACCUCUACGGCUAUGGCUAUCACACCUUGGAGUGCUCAUCAAGAGAGAUCGAUAGUCUCUCAUUUCCCUUUGAGUCCGAGAUGGUUUACCUUUACCAUUAAUUGCCUUGAUCAACAUUCUUCUUCUUCUUCUUCUUCAAUGCAUGUGAUGGAUGUGCGGGAAUUUCUGAAAGUCAAGACUCUAACUGCCUGCCAAUGAUGAAAUAUAUAACCACCAUUUUAACUAGUUAGUUAGUUGCCUUCAUUCUUAAGAAACAUGUAAUUGCUUUUCUUUACACCCUAUAAUGGCUUCUGGAUGGACAUCUAAUAUAUGGUGGUGUACAUUAGGGGUGAUCAAGAUCAAAAUCACCCUGUUGAUUAUGCUCAGGAUUAGGUUAGGACAAGAAUGUUGUCUAGUGUAAAAGAUUAGGAUCAAUUCAGUUAGUUUAGUAUAUAUAGAAUACCGUAGUUAGACAGAUUUGGUAUGUUAAUUAGGAAUUCGAGUUGGGCUAGUUACUUUGGUUAGCAUCUUAUUUCAACAUAGAGCGAGUCUAGCUUCACGACUGUUAGGUUUAUCGUAAGUUUUUAACCGAUUCUUAUCAAUAUUGAUAUCUUGCACGCCUGUAUAAAAUACUUUUGGAGCUCUAUGACAAUAUGACCCAACUAACAUUUUUCCUACCAAAAUGUAAACCUAAUUGUAUGAAGUAUCUCCCAUCCCCACUCUCGUCCCUCCCUCGAUUGAGUUAUGACAUAUUGAAUCAUAAUUUUUUAACAUUUUCACUAACAAUUAUAACAACCGAUAUAUAGAUGCACUUUGUACUCUGCUUUGUUGAACUAUAUAUAUGUCGAGCUCAACAUCACUUAGAAUGUGAUAAGCUUAUAUAAGGUGGUUUAAUUUUCACUCAAGCUAGUGAGUACUUAUUAAUAGUUGUUUAAUUGUUUAAAGAUUAUGGAUCCAAAGCCAAAUCUCACUUGUAUCAUCAUUCACAUGUAUGACAGGUACUCUUUUAGAUUAGUUUGGUUAUGAUAAUCAAGUGUGCAAUAAUUUAUUAUUUGACCAAACAAGAGAAAAGUAAACCGACAAUAUGAACGAACUCGUGACCUUAAUCAUAACCCAACUAGAGUCCACGCCAUGGGAUUUUGUAACGUUCUGCAAAUAUAUACAGUAGUGCCCCGCAACACAAGGCACUCCAGGGUACAACAUUUCACAUGAGAACACUUUACUGGAACUUAGCAGCUUAAUUUCCUUUUUUGGUCUCAAGUGUGUGAUAAUAUUCAUAUACAUCCAUGAAUUGUGGUAUAUAUCCAAUCGAACCAUCCAAACAUAUAGACAGGGAAAUUCACAUAUAUAUAUAUAAUAACAUCAUCAACCAGUAGGGUUUUCACAAAACAUGGUUAAACAAUAUAUAAUAUACCUUCCACUUGGCGGAGCGAACUAUAUAGUAAUGGCAAUUUGAACUAAUCUUAUUGCCUUCGUUUAUUUGUAUUUUUUCUAUUUUCAUUUUCUUGAAUGAUAUUUCUCUGAAGUCGUCGAAUGACACUCUGAAUAAGUGUAAGAAUUCAUCUUUCUUGUAGCCGAACCCAAUUACUUCUUAUAUCAUCUCUAUUUUUCAUUUAUGAAGUGUUUACCAUUUAUUUUAUCGUGAAAAAAAAUUCAAAUUCUUACAUUUUUCAUUUUUUUUUCAAAUAACAUGUGCGAAUGAGUUGAAAUGAAACUCAUACGACGUAUGUGCAUUAAGAAAUGGUAAUUACUAUACAUCGGAAUCACUAAUAGUGAUUAAAGAAUGGUGUGCAACAGGGCCGGCCAAGAGGGUGUGCCAGCCCGCCCUCCGGCACAGGGUCUCCGAAUAUUAGGGGCCUCCACUUAGAUUCGUUAGUUACCGAUCGAAUAUUGCAAGUUGUUUUUUAGUGUAUGAUUGAUAGAUUAUGAAUAUGAUAACGAAUUUAAUAGAUAAUUUUAGCUAUAAUAACAAUUGAAAAAGAUCUCAUGGAGAAUACGAAAAUCAGAGAGAUAAUAGAUAAUUUUAAUUUAAACAAUAAAGAAAGAUAUUACUUUUUAAAUAAUGGUAUUAUAAUCAUUUUAGUUUUAUUAUAGUUAAAAGUCAAUUUGGAUCAUGUCUCAAUUUUGGAAUAGGGCCUACACGAUCCAUUAGAUAGACCCGCACCCACCUCUCGAUCAAUUUAUAUUAUUUUCAUUUCUCCAUUCAAUUUUUGCUCUAUAUCCAUUUUCUGUUCCCUCCAGAUUUACUUUUCUCCCUCCCUGCUAGGAGUGAGAAUUUGGUCUUGGUUUAUUGGUCAAACAGGAAAUGAGAUUGUUUAUUCAUUUUGAAAUCAUUUUCUGAACUUAUGUACUUUAUAAUUAUUUAAUAAAUUUUAUUUUUAAUAAAUUUAUUGAGAAAAAAAUUAGGGGCCACAUGUUAAAUUUUCGAACAGGGCCUCCAAAUAUCAUGGGACGGCUGUGGUGUGCAAUAUGGUCACUAUACAUGAGUAUAAUGGCGAUGAAUGGAGGGUAGAAAGAGUGUCACAUUCGAUCGUAUUGAUUAUACAAUAUGGUGUUGGCGAUUGAUGGGGUCUUUUCCAUUAAAUUUAGAGGCUUUUCCCCCUUCUUCUUUUUCUGUAGGGAAAGAGCCCCACAGGCAAAAAAAAAAAAAAACCACAUUUAAUGUGAUGCCAUGCUCUCCCUAUCCCUCAACUGCCCACUCGCAUUUAUUCUAUUCCUGCGCUGUGGAGUAGUAAAUGGCAGCACCAACACCAACUCCUCCCUGCCUGCAUUGGCUUGGCGCACAACUCACCGCCCGCCUGCCUGCUCAUCAGCUCUCCCUUCUAGCUAGCUAGCUUCUUUACACUUUCUGCCAAAGGCAGCGAAGACUUGCAGAGACGACGACAACACUAUUCUAUAACAGAGCACAUAAAUGCAUGUGAAGCCAUUAAAUGUGGCAAAACGCCAUUUUCCAGUUUAUGGCUGCACGGGAUGGCAGCUAGCUUGGUCGAUAUAAUACCAGUACAACUUGGGUUUUUUGAGGAAAGAAGAUUGGCGACAUUUGCACUCUCUAUCUCACCCUAUUUCUUUUAUCACCUACUUGCUUUGCUCUACUGAAAGCAAGGGAAACCCUUUUUAGGGAGAUAGAAUUUACGCCCGACCGCUAUUUCAUUAUUUUGCCCUUCCUAAACAAAAUUCGGAUCUAAAACUGUCGACUUUUCUAUUGUAUUGAAUGGCGAGAUAGAUGUCUGAGGGAUCACGUGAAAUUUCUUGCUGGUUGCUUUCAUGCUACCCCCACCACACAAUUUCUAUGGUACUUUUGUCCCCUCUAGAACCACCUCGAAGUUAAACCAAUAAGCUAAGAAGCGUGCAAGGCAUAAAUGUUGAUAUACUAACAAAUUAUUCUUUCAGUUUAAGUAUUGAGACCUAGAGUUCGAGCUAGCUCGCUCCUCGUAUUUUGUAUAUAUAAGAUUUGAAACUGGGUGUCUUCAAACAAGAAUAAGGAAGAAGGGGUUGUUGACUUGGUGGAUAACUUUGAGGAAGCAUGCUUGAGUUAGUGCCCCUGUGCAAGAGCCUCUCUCAAUGCUUCCACCAAGACAACAAAAAAAAAGAAAGAGAUAAAUCAUCAAUUGACCCAAAUUUAUUUUAAAUUGAUAAGGAGAGUAUGUUUAGUUAUUAAUCAUAUUGAUGUCACUAGUUUUAGUGUCUUAGUAGGACAUAUGUUAGGUUGGUGCCCUACCUCACAGUCACAUGGUUGCAUGCCGAAUUGGUAAGAACCUAGCAAACCAUUUCUUUAAUUUGUAGUUGUAUAUAUUAAAUCGUCUUAACAAUAAACUUAUACCUAAUAGCCCCUCCAUUAGUUCACCCAUAAACUCAAUUUGGCUCCCUUAUAUUUUAAGGGUUGGUCACUAACUUCCACCUCUCACGAGUCACUUGAGUAAAUACCAGCCGGUCCGGCCAUCUCUCCCAUAACCAUUGACCGGUUUAAAUAUUCCGGUUUGAAAACCACUUACCUCCCACCCUAAUCAAUGGCCUAAUUUUGUAAAUUUUCGUGGAGUCAGUACCCUUUGUUUUCUUUAUUAUGGACCUAAUUUUCGAAGCAGAACUUGACCAUUCAAUAAAGCCCACAAUAGGCUCAACUGGCCACAGUACUAGCCUAGGCCCGUCUAGAUUUGCUCAAUUAUGGGUACCCCGGCCCAAAAUAUCCGCCACGUGUCUUACGCAAGUAAAUCCGGCGAAUUUUUUAGUAGAAAAUAAGAAAAGAAGAAAGCAACGAAAACAAAACUCAUCAGAAAAGGGAACAAAACAGAAAUCCAGAAAAGAAAAGGAGAGAAGGGGGAAAAAGAAACAAGAAGACUUCCGGUCCGGACUUCACCGCCCCGGAAGUUUCAAUGCUGCGUGGCGAAUAGAUUUUCCCACGGAAAUCCGACGGCGACCCAUUCUUGAGCUCUACAGUUGAUUGCUGAAAGUUCCCUCCUUUUCUCUAUUGUCAGCUUCCCCUUUUCGAUUCUUCCGGAGCUCGAUUGCGGUGGAGGAAAAGAAAAUGUUUCAGCAGAAAUCUGGAGGAGGGGGUGGGGGGUCAAUAAUGGCGCUGAACGUGUUCAAGUUCUGCACUUUCCUGCGCGCCCUUGGUUCCAUAAUGAUCUUCUUCGUGGUGGGCGUCAUCGGGUUGACCUAUUAUGUUAUCGUCGUUGAGAAUUACGGCCCAGCUCUGUUCAACGGCGGGCUCGAUUCGUUUGUUGCUUUCCUCGUCCUGCUUUUCUUCCAUGCUUUCUUGGUGAUGCUUGUUUGGAGCUACUUUACCACUAUUCUGACGGAUCCUGGUGGCGUCCCACAAACUUGGAGGCCAAUAACAGAUGAGGAGGAGGGUGGUGUUGUAGAUCCAUUGGUGGGUACAGAUCAAAGUACGGCUGGUUUAGUUCUAAACAAGGAUCAAAUGCAGAAAGCACGAUUCUGUCGAAAGUGCAACCAGUUCAAACCGCCUCGUAGCCACCACUGCUCGGUUUGCCGAAGAUGCAUAUUGAAGAUGGAUCACCACUGCGUUUGGGUCGUUAAUUGUGUCGGCGCACUAAACUACAAGUAUUUCCUUCUCUUUCUGUUCUACACAUUUCUUGAAACAGCUCUGGUCACUGUAUCGUUGCUGCGGCUGUUCAUAGCAUUCUUUGGGGAUGGCGAAAUAGAUGGAACUGCAGGGGAUCUUGUGGCUACGUUUAUUGCAUUUGUGUUGAAUUUGUCAUUUGCAUUGAGUCUUCUGGGCUUCGUUAUUCUGCACAUAUCAUUGGUGUUAGCAAAUACCACUACUAUUGAGGCUUAUGAAAAGAAAACUGAUCCCAGAUGGCGUUACGACCUUGGUCGAAUGAGGAACUUUGAACAGGUAUUCGGCACUGACAAGAGAUACUGGCUAAUCCCAGCUUAUGCAGCUGAAGACUUGAAGCAUAUGCCAGCACUGCAUGGGUUGGAGUACCCAAUCAGACCCAACUUGGAUGAGCUUCAGGAGCUCUGAUUACUACUGCAGUCAGGGGCUAGAUGACAAAAGUAACAGCUGAAAUUCUGUAACAUGCUUGACAUUAUCCUGGGUCAACCUGAAAACAAAACUGAAGGGGAAGCAACACCAGCCAGGACCACACCAGCACUGGAGCCAGCUCUCCUUAUUGGACAGAUCCCUCUGACUGACUUGUGUGCUGAAGCUCAUGUAGUUUUUGUUGGCGUGUGCCACAACCUUGUAAUUUUUGUACAUACUUGAGUGGAAGAAGACCCUGUAACUGUUAACACUCGGUUUUAUCUCCUUAUUAGAGCUAUAGGUCAUGAUUUUAUGAGUAAAGCUUUUAGUCUGAUUGCUCGCGACUGGUGCAAAUGGGGAAAUCUUCCUAUCCUGAGCCGUGUUUUUUUACUAUGAACAUGACAUUCUAAGCCUUACCCAGGAAAACUCACUUGCAUCAUAUUCUUCAACAAUCAUGGUAGCGUUUUAUUAUGGUGCCGAAUCCCAAGUUUUAAUAGAUUCCUUCUUUGUUA